CGCGCCGACUUUUCCAGAAGACCCGUGGAGCGCCUUUGCCACCACGCUGAACCGCCUGUGGGCGCUGCGCGCGGCUGUCUCCUCCUUUUCCUCUGCAGGUCCGGGCAAUGGCGGCCGUGAAGACCCUCAACCCCAAGGCCGAGGUGGCGCGGGCGCAGGCGGCGUUGGCGGUCAAUAUCAGCGCGGCGCGGGGGCUGCAGGACGUGCUGAGGACCAACUUGGGGCCUAAAGGCACCAUGAAGAUGCUCGUCUCCGGCGCCGGGGACAUCAAACUGACGAAAGAUGGCAACGUGCUGCUUCACGAAAUGCAAAUUCAGCAUCCAACAGCCUCCUUAAUAGCCAAAGUGGCAACAGCCCAGGAUGACAUAACUGGUGAUGGUACCACUUCUAAUGUCCUAAUCAUCGGGGAGCUGCUGAAACAGGCGGAUCUCUAUAUUUCUGAAGGUCUUCAUCCAAGAAUAGUAACAGAAGGAUUUGAAGCGGCAAAGGAAAAGGCACUUCAGUUUUUGGAACAAGUUAAAGUAAGCAAGCCAAUGGACAGAGAAGUACUUAUAGAUGUGGCCAGAACAUCUCUACGUACUAAAGUUCAUGCUGAACUUGCUGAUGUCUUAACAGAGGCUGUAGUGGACUCUAUUUUGGCCAUUAAAAAACAAGAUGAACCUAUUGACCUCUUCAUGGUUGAGAUAAUGGAAAUGAAACAUAAAUCUGAAACUGAUACAAGCUUAAUCAGAGGUCUUGUUCUGGACCAUGGGGCACGGCAUCCUGAUAUGAAGAAAAGAGUAGAAAAUGCAUUCAUUCUCACCUGCAAUGUGUCAUUAGAAUACGAAAAAACAGAAGUGAAUUCUGGCUUUUUUUACAAGAGUGCAGAAGAGAGAGAAAAACUAGUAAAAGCUGAAAGAAAAUUUAUUGAAGAUAGAGUUAAAAAAAUAAUAGAAUUGAAAAAGAAAGUCUGUGGUGAUUCAGAUAAAGGAUUUGUUGUUGUGAAUCAAAAGGGAAUUGACCCCUUUUCCUUAGAUGCUCUUGCAAAAGAAGGCAUAGUAGCGCUGCGCAGAGCUAAAAGGAGAAAUAUGGAAAGGCUGACUCUGGCUUGCGGUGGGCUAGCUUUAAAUUCUUUAGACGACCUAACUCCUGACUGUCUGGGACAUGCAGGACUUGUCUAUGAAUAUACAUUAGGAGAAGAGAAGUUUACGUUUAUUGAGAAAUGUAAUAAUCCUCGCUCUGUGACUUUAUUGGUCAAAGGACCAAAUAAGCACACACUCACACAAAUCAAAGAUGCGAUAAGAGAUGGCUUGAGAGCUGUUAAAAAUGCUAUUGAUGACGGAUGCGUAGUUCCAGGUGGUGGAGCUGUGGAAGUGGCCAUGGCAGAAGCCCUGAUUAAACAUAAGCCUAGCAUAAAGGGCAGGGCCCAACUCGGAGUUCAGGCGUUUGCUGAUGCAUUACUCAUUAUUCCCAAGGUUCUUGCUCAGAACUCUGGCUUUGACCUUCAGGAAACACUAGUUAAAGUUCAAGCAGAACAUUCAGAGUCUGGUCAACUUGUCGGUGUGGACUUGAACACAGGUGAGCCAAUGGUUGCAGCAGAAGUGGGUGUAUGGGAUAACUACUGUGUAAAGAAACAACUUCUUCAUUCGUGCACUGUGAUUGCCACCAACAUUCUCCUGGUGGAUGAGAUUAUGCGAGCUGGAAUGUCUUCUCUGAAGGGUUGAAUUGAAGCUCAUCUGAGUUACAAAGUCUACGGAAUUAUUCUAAGAAUAGAGCUAUGAAGGUUUUGUCCAAGCUUCAAGUGAUUAUCAAAGAAAUUUUUCCCAUAUGAAAAAGGAAUGCUGGCACCUAUCAAACUGAAGUUCUGAAAUAUAAUUACAGUAUUUUUUUUUAUUGCACUGGUAUAUUCAUAAAGCAGGCCCUUUUACUCAGUAGGAUGUUUUGUUUUAUCUUCAGUGAUUAAAAAAUACUCGUUAGAUAAGCAUGUUACUUUGUUACUAAAAAUUCCUUGAUAAAUGAAUGGUUUAAUAGUUUCUUCUAAUGGGCAUUUUAAUUUAUCCAGUAGUCCCUCAUGUAAGCAUUUAAGUUUUUUAUGCUAAUAACACCUAAGGGUGCUGGAGUGAUAGCACAGCGGGUAGGGUGUUUGCCUUGCACGAGGCAGACCCGGGUUCAAUCCCAGCAUCCCAUAUGGUCCCCUGAGCACCGCCUGGGGUGAUUCCUGAGUGCAUGAGCCAGGAGUGACCCCUGUGCAUCGCCGGGUGUGACCCAAAAAGCAAAAAAUAAAUAAAUGACACCUGAGUAACAUUAGGUUUCGAAAGCAUCCCUGUUUCUGGUAUAAAUUCUGAGUAAAAUUUUUGGGUCAGUUGAACUUGCCCUGCUGUUCAAUUAAGUUUGCUUAAAUUCUCCCCAGAAAAUUUGAGUUGUAGGGGCUAGAGCAAUAGCACAGCGGGUAGGGCGUUUGCCUUGAACGUGGCAAACCUGGCUUCGAUUCCCAGCAUCCCAUAUGGUCCCCUGAGCACCGCCAGGAGUAAAUCCUGAGUGCAGAGCCAGGAAUAACCCCUGUGCAUUGCCAGGUGUGACCCAAAAAGCGGGAAAAAAAGAAAAAUUUGAGUUGUUAGUGGGUAGAAAAAUGAACUAGAGGAAAGGAAAUUGAGAGAGCGACAAAUACAAAGUGGCAGAGAAGAAACAGGUGAAUAUGGUUGAAGUUAUGAUGUAGAGGAAACGAGUUUCAAGCGGACUACGUUUUCACGUCUGAACUUGUCUUAACGCUAAGAUGUCAAACCACAACCCCCUCUUCCCUCAUCUUUUUCUCACCCCAAAUCUUGUUUCUCUACAUAUUUCAAAAGAUUCGUUUUCAUAUACUUAGUAUAUCCUUGCACUUCCAAAGGUGAAAUGUUGCUAAGCUUUAUAUAUUGUGGACAUGUCAGUUGCAUAGUGAAUGUGCAAUAAAUAGUAAACUGAAAACAGA